CUAAUCCCCCGGUGAAACGACCAUUGGAUUAAAAUGACCAAUAUUUUACAAAAAACGCAAAAAGGAAAAAUACAUCAUAAACAGGAGAAAUUCAACUUGGGAGGGUACAGGGGAGGAGUGACAAGAAGAUGGCGAGCGGGGUUGGAAAACACAAGUUGCUCUCUAUGGGGCCUACCGAACCAUGGUCAGUAAGGGAAAAGCUGUGCUUGGCCACUUCUGUCAUGAAGAGUGGAGACCAGAACUGGGUGUCAGUCAGUCGAGCCAUCAAACCCUUUGCAGAGCCUGGACGACCCCCCGACUGGUUUUCACAAAAGCACUGUGCAUCUCAGUACUCUGGACUUCUGGAGACCACCGAGGCACCAAAACGGAAGCGGGGGGAGAAAGGGGAGGUGGUCGAGACGGUCGAGGACGUGAUCGUGCGCAGGCUCACGACGGAGCGGAUCGACGAGCUCAAGAGGCUGAUCAAGGACACUCAGGAGAAACACAGGAAGCUGAAGAGAGAAGCUGAGCUGAUCAAAUCAGGCCACCUGGACACCCAACUCGAGGAGCUAUGGAGCGACAUUCUACAGAAGAAGAAGGAGGACGAGGAAACAGCCGAGGAGAAGAGGAGGGCGACAGACGCAGCCUAUCAGGCCAGACAGGCGGUGAAGAACACCCCUAAACGAGUGCCAAGUGUGACUGUGCGAUCCCCCCUGGGGUGUGGUUCGCCGGGCCUCGAGUUCUCCCACGGCGACGCGCUGCCGAACGUGGCCGAGGAUCCCGGCUCUUCUGUCCCUGCCCCCGGAGCAGCAGUGUUCAUGCCCCUGACUGAGACCUCGGUCCCUGGGGCCGGAGACGGGGGCCUGGGGGCGGUCCUGGAAGACUCCCUGCAGAAGAAGCUCCUCGUCCAGAAGGCGACACCCCCCCCCUCCCCCCUGCUCUCUGAGCUGCUGAAGAAAGGCAGUCUUUUGCCCACCAGUCCGAGACUGAUUGGCGAUGGCGACCUGGCUUUGACUGCAGCACACGACUUACAGCUGACUGCGCCCAACAUACCUGGCUCCCAAGCAACAGGUGCCCCUACACUGUCUCGCCUGCUGGAGGCCGGUCCCGCCCAGUUCUCCUCUCUGGGCUCCUUGUCCAGCCCGGAAUCUUCCGCCGGCGUCCAGCUCACGAGCACAGCCCCUGCUCUGGACUGCCCUGCCUCGCUGCACACAGGGGGGGAGGAGAUGGCGUCGGCCGUGCCGGCGGGGUGCCAGACGGGCCCCGGUGGGGAGAAGGUGCCGGAACUGGGGGAGGAAGACCUGGUGACGGUGUCGUACAUGGGCGACGAGCUGGACCUGGAGACCGUGGGUGACAUCAUCGCCAUCAUCGAGGACAAGGGAGACGAGAACUCCGAGGCCCUGGACGCCGCCGCCGUCGAGGCUGCCUUGUCCCUGUGUGAGGAGAGCAGCCACGCUCUCGCCGGCCCCUGGGAAGCCCCCUUCCGGACCCCCGAGGCAGGCCCCUCCGCCCCCCUCGGAGCCUCCCAGCUCCCCGCCCUCCACCCAGCCUCCCUGCACGCCGGCCCGGAAGGGCAGAGGGAGGCGGGGGGGGACCCGAGGGGGGGCGGCGGCUCCGACCGGUGCCCCUCGGCGUACUCCCUGGGCGUGGGGGCCCCCUCCUCUUCCUCCUCCUCCUGCUCCUCCUCCUCGUGCGGCUCCUCGGGGGCGACGGAGCCCGGCCAGGCCGGGGCCUUCCUGCGGGCCAGGGCCUCGGGGGGCGGCGGGGGGGAGGGGGGCUCGGCCGCCUCCUCCCGCGGCGCCAGGAAGGGUGAGCGCGAGGCGUGGACGCGGCGGGGAGCGGACGCGACCCGCGGAGGGCUGCUCUCUGAAGGCGCCCCCGUGACCGCCCUGCACUGCAAGGAGGCAAAGGAGGACGAGGGCCCUAGCGACGGCGAGGACGGCAGCGUGGCCUCCGACGCCAAAGAGGCGCCGGGGGCCGGCGGCGGCAGGGGCGGCGAGGAGGACGGGGACGGAGAAGGGCCGGAGGAAGAGGAGGAGGAGGAGGAGGAGGAGGAGGGCUACCUGUCGGAGGCCGAGGGCGAGCUGGAGCGGGCCAGCGAGAGCGAGGACGGCUCCAGCCUCCACACGGCCUCGUCCUCCCUGCGGCUGCACGCCACGGCCGACUCCGUCCCCAGCAGCCCCGCCUCGUCCCAGUUCUCCAUGAGCAGUGAAGACCAGGAGGCCAUCCAGGCUCAGAAGAUCUGGAAGAAGGCCAUCAUGUUGGUGUGGCGCGCCGCGGCCAAUCACAGGUACGCCAAUGUGUUCCUACAGCCCGUGACCGAUGACAUUGCUCCAGGGUACCACAGUAUAGUACACAGGCCCAUGGACCUGUCCACCAUCAAGAAGAGCAUCGAGACGGGCCUGAUCCGCACCACGGCCGAGUUCCAGCGCGACAUCAUGCUGAUGUUCCAGAACGCCGUCAUGUACAACAGCUCUGACCACGACGUGUUCCACAUGGCGCUGGAGAUGCAGCGCGACGUCCUGGAGCAGAUCCAGCAGUUCCUCGCCACGCAGCUCAUCAUGCAGACCUCCGAGUCGGGCAUCAGCGCCAAGAGCCUGCGCGGGCGGGAGGGCGCCCGCAAGCACGACCCCUCCGACAAGGACGGGGGCACUAGAGGGCGCCGCUGUGCCAUAGAGGCCGACCUGAAGAUGAAGAAGUGACCCUGAGGAAGCCUGGAUGUCUGGGAGCUGGACGGGACGUCUGAUUGAUACCCUCCGGUCAGGCCCGCUUGAUCCGACACGGAGGACACCCCUGCCCGGGUAAACCCCUCUUCCUCCUCCCAUCUGCUUCACAACGUGGGCCCCUCUCAGCUCCAAAGUGCAAUGCUAUCCACUCAUGUCAUGUAGGUGAAAUUAGACAGUAAUCCCCCCCCCCCCCCCCCCCCCCCCAGAAAAGCACUUGAGCGCCUGUUGUGUUCUGAGCAAAGGAAGGACCUAUUUUUUUAUAGGAACGAAUGCACUUCUCGUCUACCCUCCUCCUUGAUGGGAAAAGGGGACGACGUCCUUACCUGCGCAUCGACUGCCAGUCUUGUCAUGUCGGUAAUGCAGAUCGGUACAUGUUUAACGUAUUAAGAAAAGGUCAUUUUGUUUCAUCCGGGCCAGCUGAUGAGGCAGUCUGGGUGCAGGGCGGGCUAUCUGGACUACACAGUGUCGGGUCGACACGACGAAUGGCGUAACCUUCCAUUGUGAACGUGUGAUGUGAUGUGUUUUGAACGUACUCCUGUCUAGUAUUGUACGGGCAUGUCCCGUUGUGUACGUACGCCUUCGUCGAGGCAGUCGUGAAUGUUUGGGAAAACAAUAAACAUCGCUGACUAAGAA